CGUUGUUUGGUACGUGAUCACACCCAGUCAAAUAAUACACGUUAUUCAGACCAUGUUACAUGAACUUGGUAAACAUUGUACUUUGUUCGAGGAACCAUUGCGCAGUAUUCCAGCACUAGUAAGGAUGGAUUUUUAUUAGAUGGACUUAGCCCCGACUGACUGCACCAUGAAGAUUCUAAACUCAUCUGUAAAAAGCCUAAAGCUAGCAUCGUAUUUAGCCGAGGCCUGAGUCCGUUGUAGAUCUUGGAACCUUAUCGCGUAGGCGGAGAGUGAGGCGUGGAACUAGAUCUGUAGCUGUUGAGAUACAGUGAAUCAUUUUGGACAUCAUGGCAGUGAAUAAAUCAAGAGCCAGGCUCCAGUCCACAAUGGUCAACGUAUUGUUCUGCUACGCAGCAUUCACGGUGACUGGUGUGGUCACUUGGGUACACCUUCACACACAAACCGUCAGACAGCAGGUGCCCCAGCAUUCCCUAUUGCCCAAACUGUCAGAUUUCAAACCCGACCCUGGCAUUCUGGACCAGGAUCUGCCCCUUGAGAAUUCGUUGGAGAAGGCAGGGAACCAGACUGAGAAUUCAUUGGAGAAGGCAGGGAACCAGACUGAGAUUCUGAAACCAGCCAAUCGUCAGGAACAUCAGCAGAAGCAGCAAGUCAUUGAGCAGCAACAGAAACAAGAGAACAGACAUGAAACGGAGCAAACGAACAAGGCGAAAUGCACCAAAACGAUAGCUUCUUUGGCCAAAUACUCCAAGUGGUUCCGCGACAGGUUCAAGCCCAAAACCAAGCUGUUUAUGGACAAGAAUGACCUCAAAGACCUCCGAAGAUUGUCGACUCGAAUACUGCCGAAUGGGCUGAGAGGUCAAAAGCAGAUAACGAUGAAUGAUAUUUUGCUUCAUAAAAACUUCACCAACCCUCCAGUCCACGGUCCGAGCAAGAAGCCGGGCUGUGUCAGCUGUGCCGUGGUCGGCUCGGGAGGGAUCCUGAACGGUUCUCUGGCCGGCCAGGAAAUCGACAGUCACGACUACGUUUUCAGAGUCAACCAAGCGCACUCAUCAGGGAGGUUCGCCGAGGAUGUCGGCCACCGGACUACGUUCUACACCUUCUACCCAGAGUCACAGAACAUCAGCAAACAGGGAGAUGAUGUAAUUGCUUUCUACGCCAUGUUCAAAUCUUACGAUGUGCAGUACGCCUUGCGAAUUUUAAAUGGAGAAAACUACACAAAUGGUGUGAGCAAAAUCCUGAAAAAUGGAACAAAAUCCAGUGACAUAGAUCCGAAGAGGUUAAAGCUAAUUCAUCCGGGAUUUUUCUUAUACAUCACCAACGAGUUUUUGGCCAAAAAAUUCCGGCCGACAACAGGGGCCCUAAACGUCUUCAUAGCCCUUCACAUCUGUGACGAUGUUAGGGUCUACGGCUUCGGCUACGACCUGAGAUACAGCCUUCACUACUACGACAAAGAGUUCAUCAAGCAUCGAGACGCUCUGACUGUGCCUCACAAUAUAGAGAUGGAGAAGAAACUCUGGCUCAAACUCCACGAUGAGGGCGCUAUUAAAUUAUUCAAGAGAGAUUUAUGAUUCUCAGACAAAUACUGUAUAACACCAUGUGUAGUCAGAACUACUACUUUUGCAAACGUCUGCUGUAAAGAAACCUUCAUUGUUUUGAGCAUGUAAAUGGUCGUUCAAAUUACGGACGCAGAGAAAAUCUGGCAGCAUAUUUGUGACAGAUGAAUAUUUAAAGAAUCUUGUUUUACAUUAUGACAGCUUAGGCAUUUUUUUGUGUUUCCCUAUAAGGGACGUUGUUUUGAUUUAUUAUCAUUUUUUACCUGAAUGUCGUAACUUUGAACCGCUGAAUGAUGAAAAAUGAUUGUGAAAUUGCCAUUGUGUAUAUAUUUAAAGGGCCCAUGCAAUGUAACUUUUUUUAAUGCAGUGCUCGAAAAUGCACCUUUCUGUCCCAUUUAACCUUAUUUACAAUUUUCAUUUCAGCGCCUUCUGUGGUUUUAUGCUUAAAAGCGAAUUUCGAUAUUUGAGCAAAGUUUGAAGUCAUUUCAGGCAGAAACCUCGAUGUUACAGCCAUUUCGGCAUAAAAAGUUGCCAGAAUUUUUGAUAUUUUGCUGUCAUAAAUUUUCUUUUGUUUGGCGAUUCGUUGUUGUUUCAGUACAUGGCAGAAAAGUCAAUCGGCAAACUUUUCUCACAAAUGUUUUCAAUGAGUACAAAUUUUGGGGUUCGCAAUUUGAACAGAGAACCCUUAAACUAAACAGUGUCUUCCUGAAAUGACAUCACAGCAACAGCGCCCUCAUUAGCCAGGAAAGCAUGGAACAUUUUAAAUGUUUAGAGAAGACUUCUUUAGUACACUUUUUAAUAAGAUAAACCAAAAAGGGAUGUUAAAUCAUGUUAAUACAUUUUAAGAGGAGUAGAAAGUUGCAUAAAAUGUGUUCCUAGAAAGAAUUCAUCACGUGGACCCUUUAAGUAUAAUGUCUUAGUCUGACCUAUUAAGCCUUGCCAUAACCAACAGUUAGCCCAUUGGCAGAACUGUGAGCCUUUAUACCGCCCCAAAUCGCCCUGCCUGUUAUUACAUACCGCGGCCCUAAACCGCCCCAGCACUUCGAGGUAUUUAUUGCUUUAUGGAGGAGUAUACAAUGUAAGUACAAUUUAAUAAAAGUGCUAAAGGGU